AGAAUCUCUUUCUACUCUAAACUCACCUACCCCUACAAAAUAAAACCAAUAACUUCCCUCUUUCUCACCCUCAAAGCCCACAACACACUAUCUAUGUACCUAGCUGCUAACGAUUGAACUAUCCUUUCCCACCCCAAACCUACAUUAGAAAAAGAAACCAACAGGACACUGAGAUACUCCGUCUGAGAAUGGCUUUGCCUUUCUCUUUCCUCCUCUCCCUCUUCGUCCUCCUCCUCUCCUCCACCGCCUCAAAAGCCCCCAAAGACCUCGUCCAUGCAUCAUGUGCUCAUGCCAGCUACCCCAACGUCUGCCUCAGAACCCUCUCCUCCUACUCCGGCCAGGCCAACAGCCUCCGGGGCUUAGCCCAGGCAGCAGUCAAGGUCAGCAUUUCUCGAUCUCACAAAGCCUCCAGCUUCCUUGCACGACUCAAAGGCCACAACAAGAGAGAGCGGGGGGCUUUAGGUGACUGCAUACAACAAAUGAGUGAGUCUGUUUAUGAACUCACCAAGACUCUUUCAGAGCUCCAAAAUCUCCGCCAGGGCAGCGAAUUCAAGUGGCAUUUGAGCAAUGCAGAGACCUGGGUGAGCGCUGCCUUGACUUAUGAAGAUACUUGUCUAGAUGGAUUCAGGGAGAUUGAUGCUCAGGUCAGGUCUGAUGUCAAAAGGGCCAUCACCAAUGUUGCUAAAGUUACUAGUAAUGCUCUCUACCUCAUCAACCGUCUUGAUGGAUCCCGUGGUUAAUCAAUCUUGGAGUUACAACCUUCAAGAAAAAGGUAAAAAAAGAAAAGAAAAGAAAAGAAAAGAGAUGCCUAGUACGUAGUACCAUGCUUUUCUGUAACUUAUAUAUAUAUGAACCUUUUUGUCACAUGAUGACUAUGGAUUUUCUGAGUUUUUAUCAGGUCUGUAAUCUGUAUGAAUUUGUGUUCGCUGAUUGGUGAGUGUUAAAUUAUUAAUCUUUUUUUGUCAAAGUAGUGGCUGUACAACUUCUUUUGCAUAUUA